CCACGGCACAGGCACACGACCCACACCACCCCAUCUAACAAAUUGGAUCAUGGAAACGAGUACAAAACUAUACAAACAGUGAGUCAGUGACAACUCCCACAGUCCCACUCUUUCCAUCAUGUCCGGAAGUUGGCGGGGGUUGUAAAUACUUAGAUCCAGCAAUCUACCAUUUUGUCGCUGGUUCAACUUCCUGUCUCUGCGCGCGAAAUCACACUUGACAGUUCCACUGCUUAGGGUUUUGCUUUUGCAUCCAAUUGCCUCAACUUCCCAGAUCAACUUGGGCAUGGAGAAGAAGGUUCAUUUGGAGACUAAUUUAGAUAGAUUAUCUGAUUUACCAGAACCAAUUAGAAAACAUAUACUGUCAUUUUUGUCAACUAGAAAUGCUGUUAGAUCUAGCGUUUUGUCGAGCAAUUGGCGGGGGUUGUGGACCGAACUUCCCAAUUUGGAAUUGAGUCGAUCUGCGGUGAGCAGCCGACUGAGGGAAGAAAAAUUGCCUGAUGACGGUGUGAAGAGAGCGGCAAUUAUUAGGGAAAGGGAGGCGUUUUAUGGAUUUCUUGAUCGAGCCCUUGAGUCAGUUUUGGAGUUGAAGAAGCUUGAUCUCUAUGUUCCUGGGUACGAUGUGGAAUUGAAGUCUCGGUUAGAUGGUUGGCUUGAUUGUGCCGUUGGGCGUUGUGUCAAAGAACUUGUAUUGGACAUUGGUUCUUGGAAAGUUCCUGGAUAUAGUUUGCCAAAGACUGUACUUGGUGGUAAUUCAAUUACAAAAAUGAACUUGCAAAGAUGUGAGUUGAGUUCGUCUUCUUUAAUGGAUGCUCGGUUACCUUCCUUACGGGAGCUAAAUCUUGAUUAUGUCUAUUUGGAUGAUGAAGUUAUAGAAACUCUAGCUGGUAAUAUCCCUAAUCUUGAGGCUUUAGAUUUCAGAAGUUGCCACGGGUUUACAAGACUUGAAGUGUCUGGUCUCGAUAAACUUAUCAAGGUUAAUAUUGAGACGGUCUUUGAUGAACCAAUUGAAUCAAUUGAGAUUAAGGCCCCCAAUCUGUUGGAGUUUACUUAUAUGAAUGAAUGUGAUAUGGAUUCUGAAACAUGUGCAAUUGAGGUGUUGGCUUGUCCAAAUAUGAGGCGUAUGAGAUUGUAUGGGGCUCAAUUGGAUGACUAUGAUUUUAAACUUCUCCUUGAAAAUCUUCCUGCUCUUGAAAAAUUGGAACUAUGUCACUGCAAUCGCAUACAACAUGUCAGUAUUUCAAGUCAACACCUUGUACAUUUGGAGUUUUUCCACUGUAUGGAUUUGGGAAAGGUUGACAUUAAUACUCCUAAUUUAAAGUCCUUUCAUUAUCGGGAUGAUGAGCUUAUGUUCUUUAAAUCCAAGGGUUCGGCUCUCAAGUUAACCGAAGCAAGCAUUUACAUAAAACCGAAUAUCAGAGGUGACAAGUGGUAUGUUGGAUUAGUAAAGUUCCUUGCAAAUCUUUGUCACUGUGAAACUUUAACACUUCAUGUUGGUUCUGAAGAGGAACUUCUAAUCCCGGAAACAGUGAGGCUGAAAUCUCGCCCUCCCCUACACGGAGUCAAAAAAUUGGUGGUGGAGCUUCGUGUGUCAUUACUAAAGCAUACUCAACUCAAACUUGUUCAGGCUCUUCUUUGGCUUGCACCUUGUCUAGAGUCUCUAUCUAUUCAUAACGCAUAUAUUCCUGUCGCCAAGUUUUUCGAGUUUACGUACGAGAAGCCGUUGAAAGGGCAGAAGAAAUGUGGUUGCUGGAAUUCGCUGGCUAUCAAUUGUUGGCAGCAUGCACUUACUGAAGUAUCCCUUGAGAAUCGGAGAGGAGAUGAAGACGAUACAAAACUAGCAGCUUUCUUUUCGGAGGCAAGGUUUGAUGGGAAAAUGGUAUGUUUUGUCAAGAAUGCGUGCCCUACAAGUAAACGAUGGUCAUUUUGGCCUUAAUUAUCCCCCUUGGUUUCCCCCAUGUUCAAAUUGGGAAGAUAUUUUAGUAUAGCUGAAUGUGUCUUGAUCCAAAGCUGCAGCUUUGUUUUUUUGCUUCUUUGGCUUUAUCAACUUUCCUCGUGGCUGGUGCAAUGUUUUUUUCUCUUAAAACGAUUGGAGAGCCAGUUCCAUUGUGAUUUGAAAUUAGGGGUUUAUGAAAGAUUUGGUUAUUUAUAGUCAUGAAUUUGAUAUCA